GCUCGCCGGUCGGUGGCUGCAGUCGAAGCUCGAGACGAAUUUCGUGCUGCCAUCUCGCCAAGUCUCUGUCGGUCUGCCGGUUGGCUUGCACCAAGUGAUCGCGUAGCUUUGGGUUGCAGACAGAGGAGCAGCAUUCGUCAGCGGGCAGCUUCAAAGUCCGGUCCUUCGGCGUUGCUUUACAAACUUUUUGCUGGCUCCAAUUCUGAGCAGACGACGACUUGACGGUCUACUCGCUGCAAAAGUAUACUUUCCUCUGAGCCCCAGCAGAGCUUGUCGUCCGGAGAGCGUAAUCCUCCGACACCACUCGUCAGAGUCGGAACAGUCAGUCCGAUAUGGUGUCCGCACCUGACGCACAGACGGCCAGUCCUACCGUCUCGGUUGCGCAGCUCAAGCAGGCCAACAAGGACCAGCACGCAAGCCCCGUCGUUGCGCCUUCACAGAGCCCCGCGGGCAAUGGCAAGCCAACCCCGUCGUCUCCAGAGACCUUGAAUGGUCAUCAGGCGACGGAUGACGCUGCAGUCAAAGAGCAAGUCAAUCCGGACCCGCUCAAUCCCAACUUGCCUCCCGCCGAAGUAGCAAAGACGAUACCCUGUCGCUUCUUCCCUCUCGGCAAGUGCAAGUACGGCGAUGCUUGUGCUUUUGCGCACGUCAUCACCGAGGAAGCGCUCGCUCAGGCAGAGGCACACAAGCGGGCCUCCGAAGUCAUUCAGGGCGCACAGCAGAACGGUCAGAUGGUGCAGCAUCAGCCCAUGCCCAUCUUCAAUCCUUCAGCUUCGGUCCAUCCGACCAUGAUGAACGGCGCCCAGUCGUCGAAUGGCAUGCCCGUCUUUGAUCCCAACAUGAUCUACUACGCUUCACCGCCGCUCAACCAUCACGGGCAAGAUGGCCCGUCGCACCCGUCCCAACAAGAUUACUAUGCGAGUCAUUAUGCUCCGCCGGCACACUACUAUUACGGUCCGCCUCCCUCGAGCCAAGGUCAGCAUGCAUAUCCGGGUUAUCCCAUGUUUGCGCCGCCUCAGAUGUACGCCCAUGAUCCAAAUGGCAACAUGGCACCUCAGCACUACGCUGCUCAAUUCAGUGCCCUGCCGUCCGCAGUGCCGACGAACGCGAGUCAGCCAUCGCCUGCUGCAACGGCUGCACCCCUCAGUGACUCUCUACGAUCGACGUCUACAUCGCCUCUUCCUAAUGGCCAUAGUCUACCUGCUCGUCCUAGCAGCACUGCCUCGACCAAAGAUGCUGGCGAACGGACGACGGCAGAUGCUUCACAGGCUACAACCGAGAGUAGCCAGGCGGGCGGCGACAGCACCGUUGCUACUUCACCUGCCACGACCAAUGGUCACUUUGCGCCGCCCGCGAUGAACCACGUUCAAUACGGCUACGGCCCACCGCAAGCAUACUAUGCUAACGGCUUGCCUGCUUCUUCCGAGGCUUAUGACGCUUCCCGAGAAGCCCAGCGACACGAACGUUCCCAUUCGGCGCAAUCGUAUAAGCAGAACGGCUCGUACGGUCAGCAGAGUCAAUACACAGGCUCUGCGCGAUCGGGCAGCGUUCCUUCGCAUUCUCGUCAGCAAUCUGGCCCCGGUCUCCAUGCCCCUGCUCCAGGCGUCCACAGUCGUCGGCCAGGCAAUCUCGGCAGCAUGCCUCCCACUGUGGCGGGCCCAGGCCCUGCUGCUGCUCAUACGCAACUGAAGCCAUUUCGCACCGGCAAAUUUGCAGGUGCCGACCCAAGCUUCAAAUCCUCUCGCCCUUGCACCUUCUGGGGCGACAACCGUUGUCGCAAUGGCGAUGAAUGUCCAUUUGGCCAUCCGCUCGCAGAUGGUUCAGGCGAUGCUCGUCAGCUCCAUCGCGACCUUUGCGGCGUCGAUGGCACGACAUUGAGCGAGCUACUCGUUCGCGAGAAGGACAGAGGGAGCUUCGCCCGUCGGGGCGGCUACGCCGGAUCUGCAAACGGCCGCUUCGCGCCGAAUGCGGCUGCACAGACGGCGGCCUUCCCAAAGUAUAACAAUGGAGCGUCGCAUCGACCUGAUGAAGUCGCUCGCGAAAAGGUUGAGAGAUUGCUCAACUCGACACGCCAAAGCAAUGCACUGAACGGUACACGACGACCUCCGAUGACAAACGGAUCGUCAUCUCAGUCCAAUGGCUUCAGCGGAGCGACUGCCCGAUCCGGAUCGCGCGCACCCUUGAGCCAGCGUGUCCCGAGCGGCGAGCAAGAUUUUCCCGCCUUGCCUGCAACGGCCAUCUCACCUCAGGCGAAAAGUCCGACGCCCAAAGCUGCUCCGCUCCCUGCGGAGAAGCCUAAGGAAACCUCUGAUGAGGCCGCUGCCGAAAGCGCGGCAGCGAAUCACGAUAUACCACAGAAGCCUGUCGAUGCGCCUGUCACUAGUCAGGACGCUUCAGAAGCUGCAGCGUCUGUUGAGACUGGCCCACAGCCAGCGCCAUCGCCUCCUGCAGCUCCUGCCAAGCUUGCUUUCAGCUUCGCUGCGGCUGCUGCUCGUCCCGCGGCUGCGCAACCGCCAAAAGUGAAGGUCAAGUCAAGCAGCAACGAGAGCAAGACUGCGACCAAUGUCGUCGAGCAGAAAUCUGCCGUCGCAGAGCCAGCUAUCUCGCCAUCACGCUCAGCUGCAGCCUUGCCUGCCACAGUCAAAGCUUGAACGUACGUGCUGUGCGGCUAAUGUCGAUACGCUGCAAUACGCUUCCCAGCAUUCAGUCCUUUGCCUCUCUACCUGCACGCAUCUUCUUCUGGCAUCGAUCGGGCGCUCUUCCUGCCAAGCGCGCCUUUCCCUGGCGUCUAUAGUUUUUCCAAGAUUCGCACAAAACUCGGCAGAGCUGAGCUCUGCAUUCGCUGCCCUUUAGGAUAAGGUCUGUAGGAUGUACAUAGCAGUGUCCGUUGCAUCAUCUGUCGUGAAAUCU